AUGCGCAUGCUGAACCCAGCGAGGCAAGUGUCGGAACUGGGGGACCUACUGUUCGGGAAGGCAGCAUCAGCCACAUCGUUCCCCGAAGCGUCUCUCUCUGCAAUUGCAGUUCACCAGCUCUGGGCAGAGCGAUGCGAGUGUGUGUUUCAGGGGAAAAGGUUCCGGGCUCGGCGGAUCCUCAGACGCAUCGAGGCAGCCUUUCGGCUGCAUGUGAAGGUGUACACGCGAGCAAUGGGGAAGAAGAUUGGCAGAGGUGGCGGUUUGAAGGGACACGGCAGGAUUCAUGCGCUGGCAGAGCAAGAGGCCAGCUUGCUUGGACGUAUUCGGUGCCGGGCGGUGAGAGAUUUCGUUUCUGACAGAUUCCUGACCAGCACAUCUUGCUCGUUCGCAUUCAAUCACCACGAUCCAAUAAAAUACCACGUGAUGGCGUCGUCGCUUCCUCCCGCGCCAGAGUCCCUGGUCGACAACUUGCCGCCGGUCUCGCCCACAGCAGCGAUCAAGGCGGCUGUUGUCCGCAUUACUGCGGCCGCCACUGGCGGUGCUGUGCUCGGCGGUGCUCUAGGCUUUGGGCUGGGCUUUGUGGCGCGCGAGGGCACCAAGGUAACCAUGCGCGAGUCUGCCUUCGGCCUCAAGACCGUGGCUAUCAUGUCAGCUGUCUAUGCUGCCACGACAGCAGCUAUUGAGAACCUGAGGAAUGAUCUACUUGACAGUGCAAAGCCAGGGCUUGCUGGAUGUGCAGCUGGACUGGCAGCAAGUGUCCCAG